AUGGAGCAAUGGGACGUGGAGGAUUUGAGUAUGCACUCGGACUUACCCAACAGCACAUCUUUUAGUUCUUUUAGUGAAGAAACGAAACCAACCUGGAUGAAGAGCAGAUUUGCAGAAGACAUUGAGGCACCUUCGUUUUGGACACAACUUUUUGCAGCUGUUCAUCGAGAAGCAACGGAAAGAAGGAGAACGUGGAAAGAAGUGUUGAUUGAAAUAUGCGUGCCACUCAUGUGUGUGGCGUGUACCUCGUUUCUAUGGUGUUACUUUGGAGAUGAGUACGGGCCUGAGGAAUCGUAUGUAAACUAUACUUACCCGUUACCUAACACAGGAAUUAUCCCCCAUAGUUCCUUUUUCUGCUACAAUGAUUCGAUAAUAAAUUCUGAUGGGAGCCAAAAUUUCAUUCCUGGAUUGUUACCGUGUAGUCAGGCACCGUUUAUUGCGGACUGCAGCGGUGAGGAGGACCAGAUACCUGUGAAGGGGUUGUGUACGGACAUUAAGAAAGAACCUGUGCUUAGCUUUGCAGGAUACGCCAUGGCGUUUUUGAAUGAGAUCCCGAAACUGGACGAUAUAUUUCUGCUUCAUUGGGCUGCCUCCAAGCAAAAAAUGUCGUUGGAGUACGGUGAAGCAUACAGGGAUGCUGGUAUUUUCUUAGUUACUCGUCUUUCUUCCUUGGCCGUGACAGGCUCCUUGUUUAUUGGACCCGCCGCCAAUGUUCCUCCGUUCCUUGUGAAAUAUUUUCAAUCCGCAUCCAUUUAUUUUGACUUGGUAUACGCAGGAACAUUUGAUAACAUUACGGAAUUGCAGGAGAAUAUGGCCCGUGGCGAUGUAUUCGCUGUCAUCAACAUCAACGCCAUGACGGCUGACAAGUUUGAUGUUGAGAUACGCAUGGAUGAGAAAUCGAUUCCACCGCCCGGAACUAUCAUUAAUAUUGAAUACUCCGGAGGCGUCAAUGGGCAAGCAGGAGAAAUUUAUAUUGUUUCUGGCUUUCUAACACUUCAAACGAUGCUGUAUGAUUUUUACUUGAAGGAGGUGAAACGUAUUCCUUUUAAUAAGAGCCAUUUCACACCAUAUGUGAUCUCAAUGGGAAGUAUUGCGUACUCUGCUCCAAAGUUGAUUCGUUUAUCGGGGAUGUUGGUGGCCUUUGCGAUUGUUCUCUCACUCAUGUAUCCUGUCACUCUGUUGGCACGACGUCGCGUGGUGGAGAAAGAGUUACGGAUUCGGGAAAUUAUGGAAAUUAUGGGGUUAAGAAAGUGCACUAUGGAUCUGUCGUGGUUUCUACUUGCAGUGGCUACAAUGUUGUUGAUAUCAGUUCUGAGUGUGGCGAUUAUGCGGCCAUACAUUAGGCGAACGGAAUAUUUUGUUUACUUCUUGAUUUUCCUUGUCCAUUCUCUUACGAUGAUUCCAUUUGCUGGAUUUGUCUCAACGUUCUUCAAUAACGCACGUUUUGCGUCCAUGAUGGUGCCACUUAUUUAUUUUGCCGCCUCUUCACUGCCACUUGGCAUUCAAAUGGCUGGUGCCGUGACCAAAGCGGUGUUUUGUGUUAUCCCACAGACAUCCUUCUUUUUUUCGUUGAUAAUCCUCUUCCAACACGAGCUCGCAGGGGGGUUGGGGUUGAGUGACGCGAGGGCCGCGCUGGAUAAGCCGAACUUGGCUCUUGUUCUUGUGAUAACGAUGGGGGACUUCUUUCUCUACCUUCUACUCAUGAUUUACCUGGAGGCGGUGAUGCCACGUGAAUACGGCACACCGAAGCACCCAUUGUUUUUUAUUCUCGAACCCUGCAGGCGUUUUUGGUGUCAUGCACAUGAAUGGGACGAGGGGGGGCCGGAUGGACGGAGUCCCGACGGGACUUACGAGGAGAUGGACGAAUCGGUGGACUACGCUGUUGAAAUUAAAGGACUGCGCCGGGAGUAUAAACGAGGACGACGGACGUUUGUGGCUGUUGACAAUCUCUACUGGAAUAUGCCGAAUUAUUGCGUCUCCGUCUUGUUGGGCCCAAAUGGCGCGGGCAAAUCAACCACAAUCAACAUGAUAACAGGCAUGACACGCCCAGAUGCAGGGGAUUGCCGCGUCUUUGGGCGGUCUGUGCGAAAAGAACUAUCCGUCGUACGGCAGAACAUUUCUCUUUGCCCACAGCAUAAUGUUCUCUGGUCGCAGCUGACAUGUCGUGAGCAUCUCGAGUUCUUUGGUCGCAUCAAGGGCCUCAAAGGAUUGCGGUUGAAGGAUGCCGUGAUGAGGAUGCUGCAUGAGGUUGAUUUGUAUGAUAAAAUGGACUGCAAUGCGCAUACACUCAGUGGUGGGCAAAAACGCAAAUUAAGUCUGGCAGCAGCGUUUGUCGGUGGAAGUCGCCUUGUGUUGUUGGAUGAACCCACAGCCGGCAUGGACGCUGUGGCACGACGUCACAUGUGGGGAUUGCUACGCCGCAUGUCAUUUAUGCAUGCCAUUUUGCUCACAACACAUUUUAUGGAUGAGGCUGACAUUCUCGGCGACCACGUAGCCAUUAUGAGCCGUGGGGUGCUGAAGUGCAGCGGGAGCAGUUUAUUUCUAAAGUCGAGAUUAGCAGCGGCCUACACCCUCCAAAUUUCUCUCGCCCCAGAUGCCAAUUACACGGCCAUUAAACAUCUCAUUGCCAGCUAUAUCCCGGAAACGUACUCCAUCUUUUCUGGCGCAACGGAGUUAAGGUGCAGGAUACCCGCGGGAAAUACAACCAACCUCGUCCCACUGUUGAAAUGCCUGGAAUCGCCAUCGCAGUACGUUGGCAUCCGCAACUACGCCCUCUCCGCCAUGACGUUGGAAGAUGUGUUUCUUCACGUUGUGGCGGAAUCCGAGGCGAAUUCGUCAUUGGAAGAUUUGCCUGUGGACGUUAUCUGGAACUGUGCGCUGCUGUCGCGGAGCGGAGAGAGCAUCGGCAUGCAAUUCCGUGCGCUGCUGAAGAAAAGAAUCCUUUGUGCCGUACGAGAUUGGUGGGCAUUGGGUUUUCAAAUUAUCUGUCCUGCCGCCUGUGUACUGUUGGCGAUGGUGUUGGAUUCCAUUCACUACAACCAGCCUGUCUCGGUCGAGUUGACUCCAUCGGUCUACCCGUUUGAUACCAUGAGCGAUGCCGUCGGGUGUUCGGCGUACUUCACUGCCUCCACCUACGCUCUCCCGGGCAGUGCACAUCAAGUGCACAUCACUGACCGCAACAUGCUGAACUCUAUGAAUCUCUCUUGGUAUCAUGUCGACAACUAUCUUCGUCACCCACUGGCCCAUUUGAGUUCAUUCAGCUGCGCAGAUCCAAAUUAUGUCGCGAUGUUAGGAACGAAUCCCAUUAUGAUUUUCUACAACACAUCGGCCCCCCACGAAGUUGCCACCGCACUGAGUACGUUGUACUCGUUGAUUCUGCAGAGUGUCGUGGGUACUGGCGCAAUUUUACGCACCAGUAUGAGUUACUUGUCUUCCGCCAAACUUGUCGAUGUUAACAACGCAUUUCAGACCGUAUUUAAAGGUUUUGUUGUCGUGAUUCCGUUUACUAUUCUGCCUUCUAAUUGUGUUUCCUGGGUGGUGCAUGAACGUGAAUGUGGAGCACGGCACUUACAAUACCUUUCAGGUUUACGCUUUUUUGUUUAUUGGGGUGUAAAUUUUCUCUUUGACAUGGCUGCCUACCUGCUAACAUUUGUGUUGAUCAUCAUCAUAUUCCUGGUGUUUGGACAAAAGCCAUUCGUCGGCCCUGACGCAAUUGGCCCCACCACAUUGUUACUUCUUACAUACGGCUUUACAGGAACGUCCAUGGCGUACGUACUUUACCUGUUCUUUAAAUCACAUACCAAGGCCCAGUCUACCGUGAUGGUCAUCUGUUUUGCUGUUGGGUUUUUUCCAUUGGUCGUUGUCAAUAUUUUUAAUCUCAUCGACAGGACUCAAGCCCUCUCAGAGGGGCUUCGCUGGCCGUUCCGACUUAUGCCAACCUAUGCUGUGGGUGAGGGGAUCAUUAACCUCAUCACGCUAGACCAGCAUCGGUCACGGAAUCCGACUCUCAAUGUGUGGAGUAUGUCUACUGUUGGGUGGGCGUGUAUCUUUAUGGCAUGUGAGUUCCCUGUUUUUAUGCUUAUCAUACUUGUCGUGGACCAUCCCCGAUUUCGGCUUAAAAUGCGGAAGCUCUCCUACCACCCCGAAAAGACGCGUGUGCGAUAUUUCGACAAGGACAGUGAUGUGGAAGAUGAGCAAAUCCAUGUUCAUAGACAGUUGUACAGAAGGGAGAAUUGGCAGGAUGAUGUCACAUUGUUCCACUUGCGCAAGAUGUACAGCAACGGUAAGUUGGCUGUCAAGGAUAUAACAUUUGGCUUGGUGCGGGGUGAGGUCUUUGCUUUCUUGGGCACCAAUGGGGCUGGUAAGACCACCGCCUUAUCCAUUUUGUGUCAGGAAUCUGUACCGACUAGUGGCCGCGCCUACAUUUGUGGGCACGAUGUUGUGGAAGAUGGUGAAAAGGCCAGAGCCUGCAUCGGGUACUGUCCACAAUUUGACGCAUGUCUUGAUUUGUUGACGGUGGAAGAGCAUCUGCGGCUGUAUGCAAGUAUACGGGGUAUCCUGAGGCAGCAUCAUACCCAAGUUGUGGAAGCCCUCAUGCGGCUGUGCGGGGUGGAGGAGUACCGCGAAACACGAGCCCAUCAACUUAGCGGUGGGAAUCGCCGCAAAUUAAGUCUUGCGCUGGCGUUGAUAGGCGGACCACAGGUGGUGUUGUUGGAUGAACCCACUGCGGGCAUGGACCCGAUUGCACGUCGUGGUGUGUGGAAAUCCAUUCAGAAAAUUGCCGAAAAGUGCUCGGUUUUGCUCACAACGCACCACUUGGAUGAAGUUGAGGCGUUGGCUGACUGCGUUGCCAUCAUGGUGGACGGUGACCUCCGCUGUAUUGGCAACAAGACACAUUUAAAGAACAAGUUUGGCACAGGGGCGGAAAUGUCUCUCCGUAUUCGUGACAAAUCCUGUCGACAAAAGGUGGAGCGUCUGGUAGAAACGUUUUUUCCGGACGCGGUACUCAAUGAGUAUAAUAACCAGCGCUUUGUCUACUCUCUGCCAAAACGAAUACCCCUUUACGCCGUCUUUGAGGUAUUGCAGAGAAACGAAGAUCAGGUCGGCAUCACAGACUACGGCGUCUCGCAGACGUCUAUUGAACAAGUCUUCAUGCGCAUUAGCGAGGCGGCAAAGGCGGGAUUAUGA